CCUGUACUCCCUCCCAGAAGGCAGGCAGCCAUCGUCAGGGCAAGGAAAGGCAAGGAAGGCACUGUGGGCGGCAAGGCAGGAAGCACACAACACAGGGUGCAAUCAACAGCUCUGAAAGGGCAUGAGGCACAUUCCAGGGGAAACGUCUAGUUUCCUGUCCGCUUGUCCGGUUCAGGGUCAAGAUUUGAGACUGCAGGUUUUCCGUCUGUAUUAGGGUUUUAGAGAUUUAGAGGAGAGUGUGGUGUGUGUUUCUCUGAGUCUGCCUUAGCGCGCCCUCUCUCUGUCUCAGUCUGAUUUAGAAGUUAACACAGUCAGAGUGGUGUGGUUCUCUCAUUGGGUUUAUUGAUGGAUCUCCUCAGGGAGAGCUCAGCAGUUCAGACCCUCAGGAGACGAAUGAGCAAGAGAAACAUGACUUCAGCAGAGAUCUCCUGGCCCAUCCCCAUGAGGGCCAUCGGGGCCCAGAACCUGCUCACCAUGCCAGGGGGUGUGUGCCACUCUGGGUAUGUGCACAAGAAAGGAGGGAGCCAGUUCAGCCUUAUGAAGUGGCCUCUUCGCUACUUAAUCAUCCAUAAGGGAUGUGUGUAUUACUUCAAGAGCAGCACCAGUCCUGCACCGCAAGGAGCUUUCUCUCUCAAUGGCUACAACAGGGUGAUGAGGGCAGCAGAAGAGACCACCUCCAGUAACGUGUUUCCCUUCAAAAUUGUCCACUUCAGUAAGAAGCACCGUACCUGGUACUUCUCAGCAGCCAGUGAGGAUGAGAGAAGGAAAUGGAUGCGAAAUCUGCGGAAAGAAAUUGAUCACUACAAUGACAGAAGGGAUUCACAUGUUUCAAGUGACUCCGAAUCUGAUGCAGACAGCUUCUAUGGAUCGAUCGAGCGCCCCAUGGACAUAACCCAUACCACAGAUGACCCAGAAGGCAAUUACAUGUUAGAGGAUGAAGACGACGAUGAGGAUGACUAUGAAAAACCAGAUAGCCCACCAACACCUACAGGAAGGCCAACCGUUCCACCACCAUCCUACCCACCUCCUCCAGUCCCAUGCCAGUUCAUACAUGAGUCCAUGUCAGGAUUCUGCAAAGGUCUACCCCCUCCUGUGCUCGGCCCCAUCAGGAGCCCCACCAGCCCCCUUCCAAAGAAACCGCCAGCGCCCUUACCUCCACCCAAGCUCGGUGAGGUCAGCCACAACCACCAUGGACACAAGAACAUCCCAAAUAAGGGCCCCCCUCAACCUCCCCCCAUCCACCUCAAGCCUAGCCCAGAGAGGAGUGCAUGGAGUCCUAAGAGCCCGACCCCCCCUCCCCCUCCCAUGGCCAACCUAAAGAAGCAGGCAAUGAUGGGGCAGAUGUCAUUCUCCACCAUAGCUGGGGGGAAACAUAAAGACAGGAUGCCCCCUGUUCCAGUGUCCAUGCAGUCUCCCGCCACCCUGAUCAUCUGCAGCGACCUGGAAAGGAAGAUGGUGCUGCACUCCAGCCCUAGUCCACCGGGUUUUCGUGGCAACAAACCCAGUCACAUUCCGGGCAUGCCAAACCACUGCCUCAGCUCCAGACCAGCUCCAGAUCUCCCACCACAGGCCUUGCCAGCACUGAACCACACCAAGCCUGGACUGUACAAACCACCCCUGGUACCCAAACUUCCAUGUCCUGCGGCCAAGCCUAAACCACCUGGAGGGUCAGCACAAAGAUCUUCUCCAGAUGGACAAAGCUUCCGGACCCCAGUGGACGAGGUGCCUGUCUCUUUAAGAAAGAGCAGGGAUCCAUCCAAGGACACUGACUAUGACUCUGAUGAAGACUAUGAGAAUAUGCAAUUACCAGAUUCUGUGUUCCUGGACACAACAGAAACAAGCAGUGUUGAAAAGUUAUUUAAGGAAAGCUCCAGAACACCGCAGGACGGUCUCUACUGCUUCAGGAACUCAGGAACAAAAACAUCAAAGGUGCUGGUGGUGUGGGAUGUGAGUGUGUGCAAGGCCAGAAACUACAGGCUCUUUGAGGAGGACUCCCGGCUGUUCCUGGAGUUAGAGAUGACAUUUCCCUCCCUGUCAGCCCUAGUGGAGCACUACCAUAGCCACCCACUACCCAAUCACGGGUCUCUGUGUCUGCAGAAGCCAUAUGGUUACAUCGUGCCAAGGUGACCUUGCCACGACCCCGUCCUGAGGUCACGGCCUCAUCUGCUCAUAUGAAGUCUCUCCUCGUUGGCGUCUACCAUGGUUCUGCCACUGUAAUGAACUACAGUAGAAACUUACUACGGCUGAAACACAACCACAGUGCCCACUGUAAAGCAAGGCAGAUUGUUGCAUCUCUGUAACCGAGCCUGAGUAAAUGUUGGAGCGGUUCUGGUGAAUAUCCUGGCAUGGGCAGAGGUGCAACGAGUGCAGAUGGUUGCAGUUGUUGAAGAAAAUAUGGCAUCUGUGACAAUGAGGGCAAUGAGCUGUAUAGGUCUUCCUGUAUGCUCAACUGGAGUGCCACAGGUUUACAGAACACAGUUGUACUAUGUGAGGACUACUGCAGGAAUAGUGCUGUAAAGGUCUGUCAUUACACUUGAUAGCAGCAGGCAGGUGAACUGCUGUUGUGUUGUGAAGAAUACAUGUUGGAGCAAGCAAAUGUUAAGAUUUGUGGGUUGAAUGCACAUGAAUGUCAGAAUAUUAAUCACUGCUUAUGUAUCAUGCAUUGAGGACCAACUUAUUCUACAAAUCAAGUUGAUGAAACGUAUCAUAUUAUCUUCAGAAGAAAUGUAUUAUUCAGACCACAACGCAAACGCUCUACCUCCCUAUUUACUCUUUUACCUUACUGCCUGUCUCUUUCUCUCUACCUGUCUCUGUCCCUUAAUCUUUCUCUCUUUACUUCACCCUCCCUCCCUCCCUCCCUCCCUCCCUCCCUCCCUCCCUCCCUCCCUCCCUCCCUCCCUCUCUCCACUGCUUACAUAAUGAUAACUGUGACAUAUGGUGCACAAAACCAGUGCUAUCUAUGAUCAUGUAAUCACACUUUAAAUGAAACUGCCCACACGUGUAGUAUUGCACUGUAUAGAAUUGUAUAUAUUGUAAAAAUGAUUUUGUAAAGUUGUAAAUAUAUUAUUUCUGAUUAUAAGAAAAAUAUUUUAGAAUGGAUAACAGCAGAAGGCAGAUACAUAUUCCAUUGGGUUCCAUUGGGUUCCAUAUUCUGUUUGGUGACGCACCAUUUAACCAUGCCCAUGCAAUAGUCUUGAGUGUGACUGCAUUUAUGUUGAAGAUGCACUAUGUUAUUUAUCUUUACCAUAAACAAAAAUAUUGUAUUUUAAGCUGGUGUACAAAACCAAAAGUAAAAUAUGCAAAAACGGAACUUAAGAACGGGAAGCAUAGAAAUAGUGCACAUAAAACAGAUUUACCGCUUCUUAGGCUUGCUUUCAAUGAGAAUGAAAGAUCUAUGACUCAUGUCUAUGUGAAUUUGGUCAGUCACACAAAAAGUUACAUAUUGUAGCUUUAAGUCACAAAAAAUAAUGAACUGAAAUGACAUCCACAUAAUUACAAUCAGACUUUUUUCAGUCGAGAGUAUUUUAGGGGAAAUCAUGGCUACUAUAUAUUUCUAUGUUGUAAUCUUGCCUCAUCUGUGUGUUAUUCUCCAGCCACGAGGACAAGUGCAAGAGAAUCACACACUGGACACUCACUGAUAGUGAUGGGCAGAUAUUAGCUCAGAUAAAAUCGAAUCCACAAUUUCUCACCCUCGUUUUCAUGAUCUCCAGCACAAUACCAGUGUCUACACAUGUGAAAACGGUGCAUUUCUACGUUUUGUAGAAAAAUAUAUAUAUCACUCUGGCUAGACACUCAUUGUUUUUCUAACUUUUAAACCUACCCUGUGAUGUCACAGACAACUGUCUAAAAAAAGAUAUAACAAUAAUACGUGUAUUUUGUAUAGCGCUUUUCAUUAGUGUUACCGCAAAGCUCUACAUAGGCGAAAAUAAUGAUAAUAAAAUAAAUACAAUAUAAACAUCAUACAUUUAGAAUCAAGGCAGGAAAUAGCCAUUCUAAAUCCUAGAAAGAGGGACUAUAAGAAAGAUGUGUUUUACAGCCCAUUUUACAAGUUCAAAUUUGAGUACCUUAUCAUUUUAACCACAGGUCAUAGAAACACACUGUUUUAAUAUAUAUAGACACUGGUUUGGUGCAGAGAUAAUGAAUAUGAGGUUGAAAAGUGGCAGAAUUGCACUUUAAGGAAUGCUACAGCAGCAACACAAGCAUCAGAGGAGCUGGUUCAUUAAACAUGCAUACUAAAUAAAUCAUAAUGAUAUCGUGAUUAAUAUUCAAUGUUUUCACAUCUUACUCAGUGAGGAGAAUUGAGAUAAUAUGACGUCUCUUUCAGACCUUGACAAGGAAGCCAGAACAAAUAGUGCUCUAAAUGACUUCUUAUGUCUGUCUCUCCUUCUCUCUCCCUCUCCUCUCCUCCUCUACUGUGCCACAGCCAUAUCACCACCAGCAUCACCACGUUAGCAGCACAGGAUAUUAGUGCACUGUUCUUUAACUAGUUCAUUAAAUGGGAGACAGCAAAGACGAAAACCAAUGCAAAUGAGAAUUUCUGAAGGCAGGAUUACUAAGAUCCAUCAUUGUGAAUUAAUUAACACAGUCUAGAGACAGAACUGCCAGAAUUAUAGUAUCUAAUAUGUCAAAAUCCAUUAAAUUGAACAUUUUAAAGCUUUUUGACAGUGGUAAAUUACUCAAUAAAAUUAUAUUCGAUGUUGAAACUACA